AUGGUCUGUACCCGUUAUUUCAGUGGUUGGCUUGUGCUAAAAUUGGUAGACUGUGAUUUGGAUUUCGACCUUCAUGCCAUCUGGCAAGACUCCUCUGGCAUACCGACACCGCCUCCUUGUCUCGCUACCGACUUCGAACAUCCUCGACAAAUCCUCUCGAAUGAGAGUGAGCCUGCAGGAUAUGAGACUCAAGGUUCCUCCGUGAUCGAAUGCUGUUUGCACCCCACUUACGACAAGCUGUCGGCCUUCAAGUGGAUGGGUCCAGAUCCUCUGUCCAUGUCUACUCAGGCUAGCGACAUGUUCUUCUACAUGUCAGCGUUCGCUUUCCCUAUAGAAGUGCACUGGAUAGAGUUUCUACUAGUGCGAUUUGACCGGAAAUCUGGCCAGAGGAUAGGAGAGCACCUGUUCAUCCUACCCCGAAUUGAAACGGCCCUGGGGAAUCUCUGUCGGGUACGCGGACAGUUGCUAGACACGAUCGCCCGGUCUGAGUUUGGUGCAAUAGGCACUAGCUUCCGACUGUCCCUAUGGCCUCGUAUGGAUGUAUAA